AUGGAUGUGGAUGAGCCUGAUGUAAUACCGCCCGGCGUUAACCUCACUGCUUGCCUAGUUCUGAAUCAGCGCGACGAUGAGUGCCUCGGUUUUGACUUCGUUAGCUUCCCAGGAAGCAACGAGGUUAUGGGCGUCAUAGAUCUCACUCCUGGAGCGCAUUUGGUGUAUGUCAAAGACGGACAGCCCAACGAGGAAGUAGACAGAAGGCUAGGAGAGUUCUUGUAUAUUGAACCGGGUACUUGCACGGUUCUUAAGCGAUCGAAGCUCGAUGAUGGCCCUCUGUUCGAAGUUGCAAGUGAAGAAGAAACUCGCAGUUACCACUCCGGUCUAGUUGCGGGGCACUUUCACGGCAAGCUUGCUCGCGUUCCAGAUGAGCUGCGUAAUCUGUGGUAUGAUCUGACGCAGUUCAUAAGUGUGGAUGUGAUCCGGCUCCUGCGACCCAUUGUCAAGAAGCCUUCAUCGCGCUCUACUUCCGCGCAACAAAAGACUAGCAAAGCAGUCAACGAUGAUGAACAACAGCGUCUCAGCUUACCUUCGAGGGCAUCUGAAAUGUCUCAAGGUGCUGCGUCUACUUCCAUGGAUGAAAAGGACUCCGCGUCAGUGAGGGAUGCUACUAUAAAAGACCAUGUAUUCAACGACUCGCAGUCAACAAUGGAUGUAGAUGAUACGUCUGCAAAAUCUGAGGGUUGCUCGCUAAGUCGCGACGGCCAUGCCGAACCUAAUAUCGCAACGUCAUCUAAAGGCCUCCCCGACACAGCAUGCCAAAACAGCUACCCAACAAACUGUUCUAGUGCCGACGAUGGGGAAGACACCGCAGAGCAUUACAAAGAAAUAUUGGAGCGUCUUAACUCGUUGAAAUGCCAGCCCGGGCUGCUUUGCGAGACCUUCGGCGUUAUAGGGAAUGGCCGCGGGCGAUCUGCAUCAUCCCCUACAGAUGAUACUAAGCUGCGUGCUGAUCGUUCUAAAAGGCAUAAUAUUGAUGCAGAUGGUAGUAGCAAUAUUCCUACUGACUCCGCAUCAGUCGCAAAUCGAUGUGACACUACUCUCGAUUUUGAAGUCCCCCGAGACCAAUGUACCAUUUAUUAUUCCGAUCUGCAGAAACUGAAUCGACGCAUGAAAUCAGGAAUGCACAAAUGUGCAUCGAAAAUAACUGAGAUGCACCUGGACACAACGCAUAUUUUGGAUGCCAUCGUGGAGCGUCACCAUGAAAGAGACGCCAUGCUGCCACUCUCUACCACGGAUAUGGCAACAUCAAAAACUUCAGACAUGGCCGUGGCAGAGCAUGAAUAUGACGUGGAGUCUAAAUAUUCGUGUGUUCUAGGCGAGUAUGAAUACGCGUUUUGCGUUUUCAUGCUCAACUUCCACUACACGUCUUUUGAGCACUGGAAGUCGCUGUUCCGUGCGUUUUGCAGCGCCGAAUCGUUCUACAUGCUCAACACGAAGCUUUCGGAGCAUCUUAUGAAAGUCAUUAAGCUGCAGUUAGAAACAUUUGAGUCCGACCUGUACGAGCCAGACAACUUUUUCGCAUAUCACCUCAGUUCGUUAGAAGAAAUCAUCAAUGACAACCAGCCCCAACUUGCAGGCUUGGUGGAUCCUUUCAAUGCCAUAAAAGAGACCUUCAAGUUGAAGUUCGGCAUCUCGUUUGAAGAAGCGACGGCUUUGCAGGACGGGGUUCAGUUCGUUGACUCAUCACUACUGCCAAAUGUAGUAUAA